AUGCUGCUCUUGCGGACCCCCGCGUGGAGAUCGUGUUCGAGGACGCGCUGCGGUGGCUGGGCAGAGACACGGGGCAGUUCGAUUCUGGUGGUUGUCAACCUCGUGGACGCAUACUGGAGGCCCGCCUCGCAGACCACGCGGGUGCCGCGCACCCUCGGGUUCGUGCGCGCCCUGCGGGACGCCGUCGCCCCGAACGGCAUCGUGGUACAGGAGGUAGGCACCGUGCAGACGCCCCUGGAGGCGCUGCGAAAGCUGGAUCUCCAUCGGGCCGUCUUCGGCUCCGUGUGGCCCAUGACCGGCUCCGCGCUGGACAAUGACCUGCUGACUUCGGACGAGCUCGACGGGUGCGGGGCUGCGACGAGGGCCUGCUGA